AUGGCGGCACCGCCCGCCCGCCGAGGCGCCUGAGCUGGUCGCAGGCGACGCGUUCCACUCCAGUCAUGGCGGCCCCGGGAGAAGCUGUGGGUAGCGGGGCUCUGGAGACGUGCAGUCUGGAUCAGAUAUUGGAGGCGUUGAAGCUGCUACUGAACCCGGGAGGAUCAGGCUCAAGUUCACUACAGAUCCCAAAACAUGAUGUCUUGUUGGCUAGUUUAAAAUCGAACCUGUCUGCUUUGGAGGACAAGUUUCUGAAGGACCCUCAGUGGAAGAAAUUGAAACUUCUAAGAGAUGAAAUUGCCAGUGAGGCAGAGUGGACACAAAACUCUGAGGAUGUCACUUGGAAUUUUACUUCUCAAACCUUGUUGUUGCUGCUGUGCUUGAAGGAAACCAUGAUCCGCCUUGCAGCUGAUUUCACUCCAGGUAAACCCAACCCUAGGACUCCAGAAGUCGCUCCUGCCCUGAGCCCUGAUGCACUUAGCAUCUCACAGCAGAAGACUGUCCAGUCCGUUUUGCAGUUCGUAGUCACCUUAGGUGUCUGUCCCUAUCUCAUGCCUGGUGUGGGAGUCCCUUUGAGAUUCAGGACUGAGUUCGGUGCCGUUGUUCAAGAUGUGGUAUGUCUCAGUGCUGCUCCUCAUGCAACUCGGAGAUUGUACACCAGCUGCAGGGUCCUUCUGAAUGUUGCUCAGCACGCGUCUCUGGGGAGCUUGAUUUUCUGCCGCCAUUUCGGGGACAUUGCAGCAGGUCUGUGCCAACUGGGAUUCUGCCCAACCAAAAGAAAAGCACUAACACCUGCGGAAGAGGUUUUAACUGAAGAGGAAAGAACCCUAUCCAUGGAGGCCUUGAGAGACAUGUUGGAUCAAGUGUAUCAGCCCUUAGCAGUCCGAGAAUUACUUAUCCUCCAGGGAGGACCACCCCAGUCCUGCACGGAUGGGAAGACACAGGUCAAGUGUCGGUCCCCAGCUUGGCUUCGGCGUCUGUGUGGGCAGCUGCUCUCUGAAAGGUUAAUGAGACCCAAUGGUGUUCAGGCAGUGGUCCAGGGUAUUUUGGAAGGAGCAGGAGCGGGGGCAGCUGGCGGGCGUGAUGCUGAGGCAACGGCUGCCGACUGGAAGAAGUGUGACCAGAUCGCAAAGAUUUUGGCCUCUUGUCCCCAACAGUCCCUCUCACCAGAAAGUUACUACAGGGACAUCUGCCCCCAGAUUCUGGAUUUAUUUCACUUUCAAGAUAAAUUGACAGCACGUCAGUUUCAGAGAGUUGCCACCACCACCUUUUUAACUAUGUCAAGAGAACGUCCACAAUUGGCAGCAAAGUAUUUGCUUCAGCCAGUGCUGGCUCCUCUUCAUCGGUGUUUGAGUACAGCAGAGAUUCCAGAGAGUGACAUGGUACCAGGGACCAUUUUGGUGACAGAGGAAGAACUUAGUAGAUGUAUUGAGGAUGUGUUUAAGGUGUACGUGGUGGGGAAUGAACCUUUGACAGUUCUGGUGGAUUCCCUGCUUCCAGUCCUGGGAGUGCUCUUUCUUCUCUACUGUUUUACCAAGCAGAGUGUGUCUCACAUAAGGUCACUUUGCCAAGAGAUCUUAUUAUGGAUUCUGGGAAAGCUGGAAAGGAAGAAGGCAAUUGCCAGCCUGAAAGGAUUUGCAGGGUUGGACAAAGCUGUGCCCUCUCUCCAUUCUCUGUGUCAAUUUAGAGCCGCCACUCAUGGUGGCAUUAUGGUUACGGUCAAAGAGGCCAUUAGUGAUGAAGAUGAAGAUGAAGCCCUAUACCAGAAAGUGUCCUCAGAGCAGGGCCAGGUGGAACAUCUUGGGGACUUGUUGUCCCACUGCCAGGAAUGUGGUUUGGCAGGAGACUUCUUCAUCUUCUGUUUGAAGGAGUUGACUCAUGUGGCCAUGGAAAAUGAAGCAGAGUUAAAAACUAAGCCUUUCUCCAACAAAAGCCUCUUGGAAUUAGAGCAACACCAGACUCUUCUUGUGGAAGGCCAGGAGCGGAAGUUGCUUGUCCUGCAGCUGGUGGCUCUUCUGUGCGAGAGAAUGUCCGAGCAGAUAUUCACAAAUAUCACUCAGGUGGUGGACUUUGUAGCAGCAACACUGCAGAGAGCAUGUGCGAGCUUGACCCAUCAGGCAGAGAGUACCGUGGAAUCACAGACACUGAGCAUGUCCAUGGGGCUGGUGGCCGUCAUGCUAGGAGGAGCCGUCCAGUUGAAAUCAAGUGAUUUUGCUGUCCUAAAGCAGUUGCUGCCUCUGUUGGAAAAUGUAUCCAACACGUACCCUGACCCCGUCAUCCAGGAGCUCGCUGUGGAUCUCCGUAUCACCAUCUCUACCCACGGAGCCUUCGCCAGUGAGGCUGUCAGCAUGGCCGCCCACAGUACCCUGAACAAAAAAGAUCCAGAAGGGAGAAUAGAACAGCAGCAGCAAACCAGUCAUGAAAGCUACACCGAUGUAGCUCAGAGCCACCUCAAACAACAGCAAAGCCAUGAGAAAUCCGCCCAAAUGGGCCUGCAGUCAAGUGCUCCAUUCAUUCCUAAGGGGGUCAGUCAGCCCAGCACUACGACAAACCAGAAACCUGCGAGCAUAAGCACAGAGCAGCUCCAAGAGGUUCUUUUAUCAGCUUAUGAUCCUCAGAUUCCAACACGGGCUGCUGCCCUGCGUACUCUUUCCCGCUGGAUAGAACAGAGAGAAGCAAAAGCCCUUGAGAUGCAAGAGAAGCUUCUGAAGAUAUUCUUGGAGAACUUGGAACAUGAAGACACUUUUGUAUAUCUGUCUGCAAUUCAGGGGGUUGCCCUGCUCUCAGAUGUGUACCCUGAGAAAAUCUUGCCGGACCUGUUGGCUCAAUAUGACAGUGGCAAAGACAAGCACACGCCAGAGACCAGAAUGAAAGUUGGGGAAGUCCUGAUGCGAAUUGUCAGGGCGUUAGGAGACAUGGUCUCAAAGUACCGAGAUCCUUUGGUCCACACCUUCCUGCGGGGAGUGAGAGAUCCAGAUAGUGCCCACAGGGCCAGCAGCUUGGCCAACCUGGGGGAACUGUGUCAGAGGCUGGACUUCCUGCUGGGCUCCGUGGUUCACGAGGUAACAGCUUGCCUGAUCGCUGUGGCUAAAACAGACCGUGAAGUUCAAGUACGCAGAGCUGCCGUCCAUGUGGUCGUGCUACUGUUUCGGGGACUCAGCCAGAAAGCUACUGAGGUGCUGAGGGACGUCCUCAAGGAUCUCUACCACCUGCUGAAGCACGUGGUGUGUGUGGAGCCCGAUGAUGUCGCCAAGCUCCAUGCCCAGCUGGCCCUGGAAGAGCUGGACGAGAUAAUAAAAAACUUCCUGUUCCCUCCACAGAAGCUGGAGAAAAAGAUCGUGGUCCUGCCCUAGACAGCGUCUCAAAGGACAUGGAGGAGGCAGGGAGGGACCAAGCAGCCAAAGCAGUGCCCAGGCCUUCCAGCAGGUGGCCCCGCUGCCUCUUUGGGGCUGGCAAGAUGGCUGACCCUGGAGGUGGCCUUAUGAUGCUGGUCACUUUGGUCUUCAGGCUGACCUUCCCAAAGCAUCUAUUUAGCCAUCCUGCAUCUAGUCCAAAGAGUGUGCAGUUAAAAGAAAAAAGAUUACAAAUCUCAUUAAUCUGCACAAUUUUCACUGUCCCAUAGCAUUUUUGUUUUUCUCCUGAUUGCAUUGAAGAUCAGAUCCUGUAGCAAUCUUGGAAGGACGUCCACCUGAUGCAAGUAUAUCUUAACGUGACAAUGGGAUUUGAUUAAUUGUCUUGCAACCUGCGUAGAAGAGGUUGGCCACCUACAUGUCGUGUAUCUCCCUGUGCUCUGGUGGUGAGAUGAUUCUUCCUUGUGUUAACGAGGAGCAGACAGCGCUAGUCAGCCGUGGCUCGGUUGGCAGUGGGGAGGGGAAGGAAAUAGUUAUUACCACAUGCAAAAUGGAAUAAAAUUAUCUCGGCUGGAAAGGACAA